UAAUUAUCUUAGUAUGUGAGUAGGUACAUGUAUAGAGUAUGGCGAAUUUUAACGCGCGGCCCUCAGUACGAUAUGUUCUUUAAUAGUGAGUAGUCUGAUGAAUAUCAGGUUACGCGAAACUGGCAAUUUUUUGAAAUAAGUUUUUUUCUUGGUACACAUAAAAUGGACGCCUUAAAAAUAAUCUUAUCUUUCUUGGCUCUUUUUCAAUGUUGUGAGUCCGCUAACAUUUUAUAUGUGGUCCCUUUUACUUCAAAAUCUCACUAUAUUAUGCUAAAACCUAUUGGUUUGGAGUUGGCUCGAAGGGGGCAUAAUGUGACUGUGAUUACUGGCCAUAGGGUUGAGAAUCCACCACCAAAUUACCAUCAAUACAUGGUGGAUGAAAAGGAAAUCUGGGAUGUGAUAGGAGGCAGCCGACCAAAUGUAUUCCAAAUGGUAGAAAUAUCAGCAGAAAAAUUCCACGAGAACGUACUAUGGAAAGGAGGAUUAGCGUUUACCGAACUCACUCUAAACUCGACGCAAAUCAGAAGACUGUUACAAGAAGAUACCAAAUUCGACUUAGUGAUAAACGAACAGUUUUACCAAGAAGCUAUGAAUGUACUAGCCUAUAAGUACAACGCUCCUAUGGUCUUAGUGACAACGUUUGGUAACUGUAUGCGACAUAACAUAGUUGCAAGGAAUCCCUUGCAGUUAGCUACAGUCCUCUCAGAAUUUUUGCCUGUCAGAAAUCCGACGACGUUCUGGGCUAGAAUGAGGAACUGGUACUUCACUAUAUACGAAUACGUUUACUGGAGAUUCUGGUUCUUGGAAGAACAAGAGAAACUUGUGAGGAAGUAUUUACCAGAUUUGCCAAAACCAGUGCCCAGUCUGUAUGAUUUGCAGAAGAAUGCCUCCCUUAUACUGCUGAAUGGACACUUUAGUUUUGAUACGCCUGCUGCCUAUCUUCCAAAUGUCGUUGAAAUUGGUGGAGUGCAUCUCACUAAGAGUGAUACGAAGUUACCUGAGGAUCUACAAAAGAUAUUAGACAACGCAAAGGAUGGCGCCGUGUAUAUGAACUUUGGUUCAAACGUACGCAGUUCGGAGCUUCCUGAGGAGAAAAGGAGGGCAUUCCUCAAUGUGUUUAGGAAAUUGAAACAAACUGUUCUAUGGAAAUGGGAGGACGAUAAUUUGGAAAACAAACCUGACAACCUGAUUGUAAGAAAAUGGCUCCCACAAAAGGAAAUUUUAUCUCAUCCGAACGUAAGAGUGUUUAUAUCCCACGGCGGCUUAAUAGGAACGCAGGAGGCGAUCUACCACGGAGUUCCAAUCAUAGGGAUUCCAAUUUACGCGGAUCAGUAUAACAACUUGUUGCAAGCCGAAUCUUAUGGCUUUGGGAAAAUUUUGGAGUACCAUGACAUUAAUGAGGCAACAUUUUCAGACAUGUUACAUGAGGUGCUUACUAACGAAUCUUAUAGAGUUAAAGCUAAAGAAUUGUCGACAAGAUUUAAAGACAGACCAAUGGAUGCCUUAGAAACGGCCAUGUUUUGGAUUGAAUAUGUUAUCAGGAAUAAAGGAGCACAUUAUAUGAAGAAUCCUGCUUUAGACUUAAGUUGGUUUGCUUAUACAAUGAUAGAUGUAUACGCCUUCGUUUUGAUUCUAGUACUUGGUUCUCUCUAUGUAAUCACGAAGAUAUUUAAGCUAAUUUCAAGUUUGUUUGAACCGAAAUCAACGAAAAAACAGAAGAAACAUUAGUUUAAGAUAAAGUUUUGUCGCUACACUAAUAUUUAAGUAAGAUAAAUGUAAUAAAUCACAAAUCUUAUCGAUACUUUAGUAAUUAAUAUUUCAUUGAAAUAUCAAACUUGUGAUCCGUAGUUUAUAUUGAAAGUUUAUCGAUCUGUAAAUAUUUUAUUAGGUGUAUUGGAUUAUUUUGAAUCACGAUACAUAUUGAGUUGUUUAUUUAUUAUUAAAAUAUUACUUUAUGUAUAAAAAUAAAGUUAUUGUUAUCUAA